GUAUCCAGGAUUAUGUAUUUUGAGGAAAGAAACCAAUCGUAUGCGUUCUUGGCAAACCGCGUUAUCUAUCUUUCCUUGUGCACACGAGUCUAUCGUUCGUGAGAUCGUCCUACUCAGUGAUAGCUUUUUACGCGAGGCCUUUUUUCUAUUAACGUACCAAGAAAAUAUUUAAACGUGUUGUGUGAAAACGGGAAUAAAGUUUAUAUUUGACUCAUCGUCACGUUUGACAAUGAAAUUACUAAUCAAAUCAUCUUUGUAAAUUUAUUUGAUUGACUAGAUAUUCUGAUGCUUCAUUUAGAUGAAACAAGUAGUUGAAUAGUAAAUAUUUUUUUAAAAAAAGUAGUUUUGGAUUUGUGCCAACGUAAUUGUGCUUAUUUUUGAAAAGAAUUAUUUAUUGCUAUUUGCUCAGAUAUGCGUGGUUUCAAAAGUUUAAAGAAGAGCAAGAUUACUGGCAUAGGGUCAGUGACAAUGCGAGAAAAAAAAGGAGGUGCUCUUAGCAGAGUGCAGAAACUAAAAAAACGACUUAGUCACAGUUUUGGUAGACUUUCUAUCUCUAAAGAAGAAGCUGACGAUGCUGCAAAUAGAGGUCAGCUGCCUUACAAUGGAUAUUCGGAGGAGUUCCUAGACCGUUUGGAACCAAACGGCAAUAUACCUGCGGAUAAAGAUCGUCGAUACGAAUGGACAGGUGUUGGUGAUCAUGAAAGAGUGCAUCGGCAGCUUUCCGUUUCUAGCGAUUCCAAGCUUCUAGAUGAAGAUAUAAGAGAAGAGGCAAGAGUGAUUUUACGGCCUCGGCGUCCACCGCGGCCCAAGUCUGAGGUUUUUCUUGGGCCAGAUCCACCACCUCGGAGAACCAAAAGGUUUUCAGCUUUUGGGGGAGACUCUCCUUUUGGAAAAUCCGAAGCUUAUAUAAAAUUAGAACAGUUAGGAGAAGGUUCUUAUGCCACUGUGUUCAAAGGCUAUAGUCACCUCACGAAUCAGGUGGUGGCUCUUAAAGAAAUUAGACUGCAAGAAGAAGAAGGUGCUCCGUUUACUGCCAUUCGUGAGGCAAGCCUUCUUAAGGAGUUAAAACAUAGUAAUAUUGUGACUUUACACGAUAUAAUUCACACUCGCGAGACUCUUACUUUUGUUUUUGAAUAUGUUCAUACUGAUCUAUCACAAUACAUGGAAAGAUAUGGUAGUGGAAGUGGAGGUUUAGAUCCUCACAAUGUUAAAUUAUUUCUCUUUCAAUUGUUAAGAGGACUAGCGUACUGUCAUCGUAGGAGAGUGUUGCAUAGAGACGUGAAACCUCAAAAUUUAUUAAUCAGUGAAAUAGGAGAACUUAAAUUGGCAGAUUUCGGUCUUGCAAGGGCGAAAUCUGUACCAUCGCAUACAUAUUCGCAUGAAGUAGUAACAUUAUGGUAUAGGCCACCCGAUGUUCUAUUGGGUUCUACGGAAUAUUCAACCUCACUUGAUAUGUGGGGAGUAGGUUGCAUAUUUGUAGAAAUGCUGACUGGAGAACCAACAUUCCCUGGUGUACGAUGUACGUACGACCAACUUGAUAAAAUAUUUAAAGUUUUGGGAACACCUACCGAAGAAACUUGGCCAGGUGUAACUCAUCUCCCAGGAUAUAAGCCACACAAAUUGUCGUUUUAUCCACCAAGAAAAUUGGGUCUUUCAUUUCCAAGGCUUUAUGAUAUUGCUGACGGUGAUAACAUGGCAUCGUCUCUCCUACAAUUGAAUCCUGAUCAGCGCAUAGGUGCCGAAGAAGCUUUAAGACAUCCUUAUUUUGCCUCUCUUCCUAGAAAAUUAUAUGAAUUGCCUGAUGAAGUGUCAAUAUUCAGCGUUGAAGGUUGCCACUUGUAUACAAAUUCGAGGCAUGGGUGCACAGAUUCGCGUCACACUGCUCUUAAGACUUGAGGUUAAAUGUAAAUGAAAGGCAAAUGACAAAUAAUGCCCAGUUCAUACUUAGUGAAGACAUUCGAUUCAUGCGUUAAACUAUUGGCACAUAUGCCAUGACUAUCCACCCAUACACUAUCCACAGGCGCGUCGUUCGCUCUCUCUCUUUCUCUUUUUCUCUCUUUUUCUCCUUCUCCCUCUCCUGUCUUUUUUCUCUCUUUCUCUCUCUCUCUUUCUCUCUCUCUCUCUCUCUCUCUCUCUCUCUCUCUCUCUCUCUCUCUCUCUCUCUCUCUCUCUCAGGGCUGCUCAUAAAUUUCUCUUUCCCUUUUCCACUGCGAUAUUUUUUUUUUUAUGAACUUAUACACGUAUUGAUUAAACAAGCAAUGAUAAAUCAUACACUGUAACUGGCCAAGGAAACAAGAAAGUAAGCUGUCUGUGGCUAAAAGAAAGAUAAAAAAGUUUUAAGCGAUUUGCACGCUCAAUUUAGAAAGCAAAAAGCACGCACGACCCAUCCUCGCACUUCGUCCAAAUACUAGAUUUAGAUUGAUACCAAUCAAAAGAAGAUGAUAUAUAAACCGUCAUAUUGCGUCUCCGGAUCUCAUACCCAAUACGGGUUGGCGGUUAUUGAUUAGCAAAAAUAUUACGAAGUAAUUAUUAUCAUCUUAGAAAAAUUAUGGAAGAUCUGUAAAACGCUGUGUAAAUUUUAUGCUACUUUCGGAUCUUUUGUUGGUCGUUGAAACAAUCGAGAGUAUUGAUACAUUAAAAUCAUUAUUGAUAUUAAAUUUGUUGCUACUAAUGUAAUACGGUGAUAGUGAAUUUAUAGAAAUCAUAAUAAGAUUAGAAUAUCAUUAUAUGUCGACUGUUGCAGCUACCAUCAUUAUACGAAAGAGCAAGGUUAUUGAGAACUUAUCGUUGAUAUCAAUGAUAAUGAUCUAGUUAUAAGUAAUUAAUAUUAAUAUGAUAAAAUGUCAGCAGGCAAUAGGUUUGUGACGAUAAUAUAAAGUAAAAUCAAUAGUAGUGAACAAAGAAUGAAAUAAUAAAGUAGAUUUAAUAAAAUCUAAUUUGUUUAGUCGCGCAGAUAACUAUCGUUAACAGAUAGUGGUGCUUUGAAAAAUCAUAGAGAACAUUUUUAAUGAGUUUAUAUUUAUCCUUUGUACAAUUUAUUGGCAUUUCUUGUUUUCAAUUGAACUUUUAAAAUUGUAUAUAAAGAUAUACCAACUCAAAAAAACGUUGGCAAUAGUAGAAUAAGGAUAAGAUAAAAAAAA